AUGGUGGGAGAGCAAAAAGAACAAAAAUUUGCUGAUAUUGUUAUUUUCACAAAAACAGAUUUUGAAUCAUUUCCAUCGUCUGCCGUUUCAACAAAUGUCAAAAUACAGAGUCCAUCCUCAACGUCUGUGACAACAAGUCCACCAUCAACAUUAAUCGUAACAACAACUUCUUCUUCGAUACCCACAUCAACAUCAACUGCUCAUCUCUCUACACUAGCAAAAAGACAACGUGAUUUUAGCGAAGUAUCAUCUCGACAGAAACGAAGACGUUUAUGUGAUUUGAAUUCGGAAUUGGAUGAAUUUGCAUCAGCGAAUAAUCUGUCAGUCAAUCAAGUUCUGAUCUGGAACAACAACUUUAUGAACGGAGUAUAUAUUCAAAAGCCAAAUACGAAUAAAGUUGAUUUGGAUCAAGCAUUAGCACUCAAAUCCCAUCUAAAUUUAAGUCGUGCAGACGUGGAUUUCGUUAAAUGGUUUUCAAAUGACUUCAUUAAUAUUCCAAGCCGACAAUUUAUUAAAAGUCAUACUGAUAACUUAAGUCCAUCUCUCAAAAGUUGUCGUAAUGAUAAAUGUAUUUGUGAAGAGGAUCGUAAAGAACCAAUACAGCUGACAAUUCAACGAUUAAUUGGUGCUUUACAUUCAGAAAAUAUCGAUGUGUCACAUAAUUUGUUGCAUCGUGAGAAAACUGGACACGAUGGUGUUGAUUCAAUGUCUAUUUACAGGUCAAAUAAAAGUCCAAUGUGUGAUCCAAGUAAAAUGUUUGUACCAUUAGCAUUGAAAGAUGAAAAAUUAGGUACAGUUUUAUGGCACAAUCGAUCACCGAACAGUGCUUUUUAUACUAGACCAUUACUGCUAAUUGCUGAAAAAGAAAAUCAUGAAUUACUUCGUUUUGUAAGUGAACAAUUCGAGCAUCAAGAAAAAAGUUUAGAAGAAAAUGGAUUAACAUUUCAAUAUAAAUACGAAACAUAUAAUGUCAGAAUUGAAAUUGAAGCAAGCAUGAAGGAUAUGAAAGUUAGAAUAGCUGAAUCGGGUUUAGGAGGUGCUGAAUGUUAA